UCCUGAAUUUUCAGCACCGCUCUCUAUCUUCCUUACGCUGGUGCAGCGCCCAACUUGGAUGUAUUUCUCUUUCUAAAACCGUCCCUUCUCUUUCUAAACACUUCCUUUCAUCUUUCUUUCGCUCUCUUGACUUGAUUCUCGCAUUAGGUCUUCACAAAUCUAUCACAUACGCAGAGAUUCUCCGUUGCUAAAUCCGUCAAGGUAAAUGAAGCUUAAUGAUUGUUCACAGCAAGAAGCAUAACAAAGCUCAACUGGUCAUGAAAUAUUCUUCAGAUUAGCUUGAUUGAUCGAUUUACUGUAAAAGGAAUGGACAGAUCGGAUACAUCAGGCUUUGUGAGCGGGGGUGGUAGCUUAAACAAGUUUCUUCCAUUUGUUCUUCCUACUUUUAAGUAUAGAAAGUGUUGAACCGUUGAGCAAUACAAUCUUCUAAAAAAUGGAUCUCAAUGGUGAGUGUUUCAAAACUAAUUGUGGUGAUACCACUUUAAGUUUGAAUUGCUUGGGCUAUGGGGUGAACGAGGUAGCUGGUUUUGGAAACUUUCGAACUGAAAAUGGAAGCAAAUAUGAUGAUGGAUGUAGACUUGUUCUUGGAUUAGGCCCAACUCCAAGUACCUAUUCUGAUGAUCAUUCAUCUAGUAGGUUAGACAAGGGCAAAUGUUUAUCUUCUUCGUUUCAUUGCGAUUCCAUUCUUAAACUUGGCCUUUCUGGAGGUGGUGACGAAAUGUCCACUAUAUCGGAUUAUUCAGAUGUUUCUGUUUCUGGCUUUGGUUCUGGUUCUGGUUCUGGUACCGUGGCAAUUCCUCUUGUUGAUGAGGGCUCGACUUCAGCAAAGAAAUCAGGCGGCUACAUGCCCACAAUUCUCUUCGCUCCUAGAGUCAAUUUCACAUCCAAAACUAGCACGAACACGCCGAAGAAAUGCAAAUUCGAGGGUUGCUCAAAAGGAGCACGUGGAGCAACCGGCCUAUGCAUAGGCCAUGGAGGCGGUCAAAGGUGUCAAAAACCAGGUUGCAAUAAAGGCGCGGAAAGUCGAACCGCCUAUUGCAAAGCGCACGGAGGCGGAAAGAGAUGUCAACAUUUAGGCUGCACGAAAAGCGCAGAAGGGAAAACCGAUCUCUGCAUAGCUCACGGAGGAGGAAGAAGAUGCGGGCAUCCGACGGGUUGCGACAAAGCGGCGCGAGGAAAAUCGGGUCUAUGCAUUAAACACGGUGGGGGGAAGAGAUGUAAAGUCGAAAACUGCACUCGGAGUGCGGAAGGGCAAAUUGGUCUUUGCAUAUCUCACGGAGGGGGUCGUCGUUGUCUAUUUUCCGAGUGUUUGAAAGGCGCUCAGGGGAGCACGUUGUAUUGCAAGGCACACGGAGGUGGGAAACGAUGCGUAUUCGCGGGAUGUACGAAGGGUGCGGAAGGGAGUACUCCGUUGUGUAAAGGGCACGGAGGGGGGAAAAGGUGUUUGUUCGACGGGGGAGGGAUUUGUCCGAAGAGCGUUCAUGGGGGGACGAAUUUCUGCGUGGCUCAUGGCGGCGGGAAGAGAUGUUCGGUUCCAGAAUGCACAAAGAGCGCGCGCGGUAGAACCGAUUGUUGCGUUAAGCACGGUGGGGGGAAACGGUGUAGGUCCGAGAAUUGCGGGAAGAGCGCGCAAGGGAGCACGGAGUUUUGUAAGGCGCACGGGGGAGGGAAAAGGUGUAACUGGGGCGGAGGAGGAAAGUGCGAGAAAUUUGCGAGGGGAAGGAAUGGAUUUUGUGCGGGUCAUGGUAGUUUGGUUCAAGAUCAAGAGAUGAAACGCAGUGGAGGAAUGAUUGGACCGGGGUUGUUUAAAGGAUUGGUUAGAUCUGAAAUGGAGAGUUCUUCUGCGGUGACUCGGGCGAGUGUGGUUUCGGAUUCGGGUGGUGGUGAGUGUUUGUCCGUUAAGAGAAGACAAUUAAUACCUUGUCAAGUGUUGGUUCCUUUGUCAAUGAAAUCUUGUCCAUCAUCGUUUUCGAGACGAACCGAGAAUGGGGAACAAAGCAUGAGAAAUGGUUUUAAUUUUGGAAUACCAGAAGGGAGAGUUCACGGCGGGGGUUUAUUGUCGUUGCUUGGUGGGGAUUUGAACAAUGCCAUUGAUGGAAUUUGACUAUCAAUAAGGUUUCGAAAUGUGCAUAAUCUAUGAAUGUUGUAAGAUUAGUAUGAAUAAGCUUGGCUUGAAACUUUGUCCCAUAUUCGUGGAACAACAUUUGUUUAUGUAAUUUUAUUUUUGUGUUUGUAAUGAAUUAUGUAAUGUUGUGA